AUGGCUUCCCAGUCAAUCCCCACCAAGCGCGCCGCCGAGGGAGAUGCGUCUGGAGCACCGGAUACAAAGAGACAACAAGCUACCAAGCCUGACGACCCUGCGACAGACGAGUCCAUGGACUCAAACCCCAACUGGCUACCCUUGACGUAUAUCAUAAUGCUCACUCAUUCCAAAAUCUUCGGUCCCGAGACUUUCGUCUUUGCUGUCGGCCCCGACGCGCAGGAGCUUACAGUCCACAAAGAUGCCUUCCGCUCGCUUUCGCCAUACUUCAAGGCCCUAAUGGACGGCAAUAUGCAAGAGGCUCUCGAGGGCCGUGCGGUCUGGGACGACACUGACACCGUCACUUUCCGCCGUCUUUGCCAAUUCGCAUACAGCGGCGAUUACAUCACUCCUCCUAUACCCGAUCCUCAACCAUUUGCAGAGGAGGAAGGUCGUCCAAGUUGUGAAUGUCGCAGUUGGACUCACUAUUGCGAUGAUCCCACUCAUGCGGUGAACAUGUGCGAGUUCCUUGAUACAGCUACUCGUAAGAUCAGCGACCUUAUCUUAGAAAAGGAAUUUAAUGAUGGCAAAAUACCGUGGCCUGGAGUCCAGGUGACCUCAGCGUUUGAAGAUCUCCGGGGGACAUUCGAGAAGAAGAUCUACACUACUACCUUCCCACCCCGAGGCGAAGGCAAAGAGUCCGACUGCGAAACCUACACCCCCAAUCUCCAGGUCAAUGCUACCAUGUACAUGAGCUUUACCCUCUGGUACAUGCUGUUCAGACGCAUACGGGACGUUAUACCUGUCGUGAAGUACAUCAUGGAGAGCACCGUACCAAAGGACGCCAUGCGAAAGCUUCUUGCCCACUUUGUGGCGUGCAUUGCGCACAAGAAGGUGAAGAAAAUCGACGAGAUGGUAGACGAGGUGCCCGAAUUCGCGGUGGAGGUCUUUCACGUCACCAAAAACCUGAUGAGUUGA